GAGCAAAUAUAUGCAAAAUAAUAAUAAUAAUAAUAAUAAUAAUAAUAAUAAUAAUAAUAAUAAUAAGUCUUGCUAUUAAUGAACAAGAUACUUUAGCAUACGACAAGUACACGACUAGUAACAUUUUUCACCAUACCAAUUACACAUAUCUUAAAUAUUUCUGUAAGCAUUUGCACUUUGUUCAUUAACGAUUUUUCUUUCAUGUUUCCACUUCUUAGAAAAAGAUCGACUCUUCAACUUUUUAUUUUCUACAUGUUAAUAUAUGAAUUGAAAAGCAUGAGAUGACACAUAUAAAUCGAGAAACCAACAGAAUAUUCAUACAACUCCUGUUGCUUUGCUUGGAUACUAAUUUGGUAAGUGUUAAUCAUCUAACUGAUUACUCUUGUGAAUGAAGCAUGUCCUAGAAUGUGAAGUUAAGUUGAUGAUUGAUAACAUCGUAUUUGCACAUGUUUGCACCCUCGUUUCUUGAUCAUUUUGGCUCGAAUUUGUUCUUUCUUGGACUAUUUUUAUGCUAGGUUGUGUUCCUUUGUCACAUUUCAGGUCCUAGCAUGUAAAUUGAAGCAAAGGCGCAAGUUUCAAGUCAAUCGGAAUUCAUUUGGCAAUUCGGGAGAAGAAACACGAGCAUGACCUGAGGAAGAAUGAACUUCUACCUCAUAUUAUGGACAAAUAAUCAUGUAAUCUUGUCAUGAAAAGAUAGAGGACAAGACUACGAGCGUCUGGGAUCAAACGGCGACUGAUUCGGAGUCCGGACGAGGGAGAAACGAAGCUGUGAACAGGAGCGGAGGAAGAAUUACGGGCAGGAGAAUUACGACCGUAUUUUCCCCUCCCAUGCCCGUAUUUUCACUGCCGAGAGGAGAUUUGGGUGCGCUGAAACUUAACCAAAACGCGUGUUUUGGGAAAAAUACGGGCAUGGAAGAAUUACGACCGUAAUUCAGCCCGUAAUUCGCCCAGAAUCGGGUUUUUGAGGCAGAUUCGAGCCAAAGGAAAGGGAGAGCUGGGUUUUGGUUCCCAAACACCCAAGGGACGAACCCUAGAGAGAGAGAGUGACUUGGGAACAUUCUUGAAGCUAUUUUGGAGGAUUUCUUCACCAUUGGAGCUCGGGAAUCAAGCUUGGAGAUGGAGAUUGAAGAUCUAGAUCAGAUUUCUGCAGUCUCUCUCUUCUCUAUGGAGUAACUUCCUUUCACUUAGGUUUUGAGGAACCCUAGUUCCAUGUGUUAGGAUCUUUCUUGUAUGAAGUUUUGGAUGCUAUAUUGUUUGAUUAUAAUCGAUUGAGGCAUGAUUUAUAGAGUCAAUUGAAGCCUGAUCAUCUUCUCUUGAUUUCUGCUUUAACCUAUCAUAGAUAGAAUCUGAUUAGGUUAAGAGAGCUUCCUUGAUUGAUAGUGGUGAAUUGGUUGUGCGAGAGUCAAUCAAUUUCACUGCUUUGUACUGGAAUUCAUUCCAGUAGUGGAGAUCUGUGUGAAUUGCCUUAGCAGUCUAUCCUGGUGAAGGCUAGUCGCCUGCCGGGUAUUCUGUCUAAGAGGGCUUGGUCAGCUUAAGAGAUUCCAAGCUAAUUUAGGAUCUUCCGCAGUUUAAUCAACAGUAGAUCAACCAAAGGUAAUUGCAACUUGGACCUAAUUGAGGAGCUAGGGGUAAUCAUACCUAAGUGAGUUCCCAACUUGUAAUUAGUAGAGUAGUUUACAAAUCAAUCCUUAAUCUAGUUUGCUAGAUAAUGAACUGAAGCUGAGUAAUAGUAACUCUAGAGACCCGUGGAUUCGAUAUUUAUUACUUGUGCCACUAUACUGCAGUCCCUUUCAUUGGUUACACUUGGCCAUUGUUAGGUGUUGUGUUUUAGCGAGUCAAUGAUAAAUGUAAGAGAAGAUUCAAAGACAAAAAAAUAACAAUGAAUCUUUGCUAUGCUGAUAUUAAAUAUGGUGAUACUCUUUUUUCUUUAUGAAGAUAAAGUAGAUCUAUUAAAACCAUUGCAAGUAAGAAGCAAAUUAAGCGAGACAUAUUCGUGUAGCAUAUGACUUAAUUAACUAUGUACCCACGACAUGGUUACUUAAGAAGAAAAAACUAACCAGUGGUAUUUUUUUCAUUUAAGAUCAUUCAAAAUCCUUUGGUAUAUAUAAUGAAUUUUAUCGAACAAUCUCAGAAAGUAAAAACUUGUGUUUCAUUGUUGUUCUCCAUUACGACAAUAUACAGGCGUAUCACAAUCAUGUUGCUGAGUUUCUAUGAUUUUAUAGAAAUGCAAGUGAUGAACAGAAAGGAGUAAGUAUGCAAUUUAUCACUAAUCAUCUGCUUUCCAAGAUUUAAACUGAACUUAACAUGUUCUUAUUUAUUUGUUUAUAUGUAAGGUUUUGCAGUUUCUUACAAAACACAAUUGAGGAUGUUGUAUAAUAUCUAGCCACAUGUUUUUGUUUGAUGAGUAAGAGUUCGUCAAGAUUCUUAGAUAUUUACAAUGAGAUUCAUCGAACAUUCUCAAAAAUAAAUUUUUUUGUGUUGCGUUAUUAAGUUCCAGCCACAUGUUUUUGUUUGAUGAGUAAGAGUUCGUCAAGAUUCUUAGAUAUUUACAAUGAGAUUCAUCGAACAUUCUCAAAAAUAAAUUUUUUUGUGUUGCGUUAUUAAGUUCCUACAUUUCUGUACGAAUGCAAAUGAGCACUUCUCGAGAGAAACAAAUAAGUAAACAUGGUAUCUGUAGACACCACUUUUUGUCCAGGUUAAAAUAUUUAAUUAAAUAAAAUUUCAUUUUGUUUAUGGUUGGCAAUAGCAAACCUUAAACAAUCUUAUAGCUAAAGUUGGGUUUACAGUUAUUUUUGUAAUGCUUGAUCGAUUGUAUUUGUCUUGUUUUAAUAAGAUUGGCAAUAGCGAAUCUUUGAACGUUGGUUUGAGGCCACAUUCAAGAUAGUAUUGGAUCUCCAUGUUGGGUUUUGGCUUUUUUUUAUCCAAGAUAAGCCCCCAGGGCAUGGUCGGACAAAAAAUAUAUAAGAAAUGCAACACUAAAGAACGGUAGCCAGUAUGCAACCAGACUCCCGAUGAAAGAGCCUUUUUUGCCACAAGGUGGGCAGCUCUGUGAAAACUCUGAAGAGCAAAAAGACACGAAACUAACUCAGAAAGAGAGAAAGAGAAGAGCACUUCCCCAUAAAUACCCCAUCGGGGAGUGAUAAGCAUUGUUAUUGCAUGAAAAUGCGAAAGCGAAGGAAAGAUCCCCUGCAGGCCUCAUGAAUGAUCAGGGUCAAUGGAUCACGGACGAAGGACAAUCUCACGCCCUCGAGCAUCCUCCAAGUUGUGUUUCUGUGCUGGAAUAUUUGGAAAGCGAGGAAUGAAAUUGUGUUUAGGGAAUCUACUCCAUCACCGUACAAUGCCUACAUCAAAGCUUAUUGUGAGUGCUAGGAGUGUUCUACGUGUCCCAAGAGGUUUGUUGUGGAUCAUCUUGUUCAGACUCAACCAUAAAGGCCCCACUCUCAUCCUUGUAUACCGCUAGGCAAUCCCGUUAUGGAGAUUUGCUGUGAUAAAUAAUUUUUACAUGAUUCCCAGGAGGUGGCAUAUGGUAUCGUUAUUAUCAACGACCAAAGACAGAUUUGUGACAAACGAGCUGACUCAGUACUUUGCUCUUCACUCAUAGAGGCAUAAGCUUGUGCUCUAUUGGAAGGUUUGAAGCUUGCUCAAGAAUAUAAUAUCCCGUGUGUGGUCAAGUCGGAUUGUGAUGUCUUAGUGAAAGCCCACUUCUCUUGUCCCUUGACAUGGCCAUGGCGUUGCUUGGCAAAGCUUGCAACGAUGCGUGAGAUUCUUAAAGCAACUGAUCCUAUCAAGGUGGUGGCCAUUAUGCCCCGCCUUAACGUUAGAGUCGAUUGGGUAGCCCGGCUCACUCCAAUUUUUCACAUGAUUGGAUAACUAUUCUUGAUCUUAUAUUCUUAUCUCAAACUUGAUCACAUGUGUGUAACACUUUAUCUUCGUUUGGUUAAGAGAUGAAAGUUUCUUAUUGCCAAAGAAAGAAUCAUGUCCUUAUAUUGAAACUAAUUGCAUUUUCUUGGAUAACGAGGUUCGAUUCGCAAGACCACAAGUCCCAGAUAUCAGGAGGACCUACCAUCCACACCAAAGGUUCUGUAGCAGCAACAGGAAACAACAUGCAAGAACCCUUCAAAAUGCGAAGGAGCAAAUUAUGUCUUCCAAGAAUAAGUCAAGAAAGAAAGAUUAUAAAGAUAACAGGAGAUAGAAAAAUUAUCAUCAUAAAUCACGAUAGAAUGCAUGUAAGUUGGAAGUAAAAAAGACAAACAAAUUAACAUGAUUUUCAUGAAGGGUUCAGGACUAGUCUACAGAAAGUGUUUUAUGUAUUCAGCUUGUUCAUCAUAUACCUGCUACAUGUGUUAAUAUAUACCUCUAAAACCCUAACCCAUAGCCAUAUGCUAUGACUACUAUCUAUAUCUAUGUAUACAUACAUGGGUCGUAGGUUACAACAUGGGCUAUGUGAACUCUUUCACACGUAGAGUUCUGUACCUUUACAACGAUGAUAACCAAUCUCACGUAGCUCUCUUCCCACAAACUAACAUAUAAAGGGAUUGCUAUAUACAAAACUCACUCAAGCAGUUCUUCACUAGUCUUUGACUCAAUAUUUUCAAUAGCUCAUUGCUCAAGAAAUUUGUAAGCUAUUGAGCUAUGAUAAUACUUUUUUUUAUUGUUAAGUAAGUUAUUAAUCAUUUUAAUUAAAUUCAUCAUGAAGUACAACCUUCCCACCCUUCUUCCCCUGCUCCAAAACACCACUCUUCUUCUCCCUCAUUACUUUCUACAGCAAUAAUACUUAGUUCCUUACUCCUACUCUCAUCGCUGCUCCAUUUUGAAUCUGGAGCCCAAUUCUUUCAUUACCUACCGAUCACAAUAAGCGCGAAAAUAAAGAAACAAUGGCUGACAACAGCGUUCCUCAGUCGGAUUCAAUGUAGAGCUCCAGAGUGGCGUGGGAAGGUAGCAGCGUGUUGGUCGACGUCAACGAUGGCGACAAGCUCAUUUUCUCUCGUCUUACCUCGGGAGCGUAAGUGUUCGUCUUCGUCUUUCUCGAGCUAUGAUUGAUUCAUUCUUUGUGGCUGGAUGAUGCCUUAGGUAGUUUCCUCGAUUGAUUUUUCACAGGACAUUGAAAAUUGGCAAUAAGAACUGCUCUUUGGAGCCGUUGAUUGGCUGCCCCUACAGCUCUUCGUUUCAAAUUGAGAGCGCAGGCGACCGCACGUAUUUGGCUCGAGUUACUCCAUCAGCAGAAGGUUAGCUUCUCUAAUGCUUGUGCUCUCUGCUUCGUAGCAUUCCUCUGUUAGAUGAUCUUCAAUUUUGAGCUGUGGUUUUGGUUUCUUUAGGUUUUGCUUCUUCUUUGUAGAAAAUAAUGAUGUCCAAGAGAAAGGAGAAUGUGAAGUAAUGGACGAAUCGAGGGACAAUCGAGCUUUAGUGGAUGAUAACAAAGCUCAAACUCUUACGAGAGAAGACAUUGAUGAAAUGCGCAAGCAGGGUGCGAAAGGCGAUGAGAUGAUUGAAGCUCUAAUUGCUAAUAGCGCAACAUUUGGGAAGAAGACGCAGUUUUCUCAAGAAAAAUAUAGGCUUAAAAAGCAGAAGAAAUAUGCACCCAGAGUACUCAUGAGGAGACCUUUUCCACGAAGAUUUUUACGUGUUGACACGCUAUCCCUGCUGCUGUCUAUGGCCGAUGUUGGUGCAAGCUCUGAUGUUCUUGUUGUCGAUAUGGUUGGUGGCCUACUCACUGGUGCUGUAGCAGAACGUUUAGGAGGUACUAGUUUUGUCUGCAAUACAUAUAGUGGAAGUGCACCAUAUUCCAUGAAAAUAGUAAGAAUAUUCAAUUUCAAUGAUGAAAUUUGCAAGAGGAUUGUGCGAACUCAUCUGGAUAACCUAUGCUUAGCUCAGCCAGGAACUUCUGGGCAAAUAGAUAAGCAUGAAAGUGAAAGAGAAAACUUCAUCCAUGAAUGUGGAAGAGAUGCCUAUCUCAGCAGAACACGAGGAGAAGGGUUCUCUAGUCUCAUAAUUGUUGCACCUGAUCUAGAUCCAUGGAGUACGGUUAAAAGACUGCUUCCACUUUUGUCAUAUUCCGCUCCAUUUUCCAUCUACCACCAACAUCUCCAGCCUUUGGCAACAUGCAUGCACAAUUUACAGGUCGAGAAAAUGGUGAUUGGGCCGCAACUAUCUGAACCUUGGCUUCGCGAGUAUCAGGUUCUUCCGUCCAGAACUCACCCGUUCAUGCAAAUGUAUGCAUUUGGUGGAUACGUCCUAAGUGGCACAAGGAUACAUACUGAUACAACUAAUGGAGGCACACUGAAUCGUGACACGGCGACGCUUUAGUGUUUAGUUGAUGGCUGACUAGCUCGAGUUUACAUUUGACUAAAUUCUGAAAGGUUUAGGGUCGCAAGUCGCAACAUUGUACUUUCCAUCACUACAUUAGACAUUUCACCUUUUUGUAACUUUGAUCAGGUGUCAUUUAUGAACCGGGUAGAACGCUGAACGUAUCAUUCCUUGUGCCGCUAAACCAUUAGGCUUUCAGUUUGUACAAACUUGUCAUUCCUUGUACUAAACCAUUGUUUAUAUUGGGGGUCGUCAUGAGGAUUCAAAACCAUGAACUUACGGUUCUAGACUCUGAUAUCAUAUUAGCGAACUAACCCCUUGAUCUCAAUAACUCGAGUUGUUGUAAAAUGAUUUGUUAAGUCUUUUUCUUUUACAAGUUUUUUUUUACAAGUUACUACCUUAGUUUUGAGGUUAAUACUACAGUGCCGCUAUAAAAAGUGUGGCACCAGUAACGCACGGAUGUGAGGUGACCAAAAGGAUGUGAGGUGGCACUGGUUGAAUGUAUACAAUGAGAGCCCAAACUGAUUUUCCCAGGAGAACUGGUUCCAGAACUUCAUAUACUCCAGAUUCUUGGUUCCAAAAAAUCAACUCCAUUGGUGGCUUUUCACGAGUCAUGUACUUAUAAUUGAGUUGCUGUGGUCAUUGAUGUCAUAUAAUCUGUCAUUAGAAAGUGAAAAUUUGUUAAGAGGUUACUAAAUUAUGAUGAUUUGCCCUGAGUGAUUAUUGCCCACGUCAUUGGAUACCUUGCCAAUUAGAGCAGACAUAUGCAACAUAUGAAUCUUGGCUUCCAGUUUAUUCCUUAUAACUUAAGUGUUUCUGUUUUCAUGUUAGCUUCCUGCAAUGACAUCUGCAGCAACUAGCUACAACUGCAUAAUUUCACCACUCCGUGUUCUUAUUAUUCAAGUCAAAAUUGGAACAUACAAUCCAGCUCAGAGUAUAAAAGACAUUAUGGGAAUUGAUCAUACAAUGACAUUCAAUUAAGUCUAUGUGUUCUUGGUUUUACUUUAUCUUGCAAAAGCAAUCCAACUGUAGAGGGCCUCAACAGAAAGUUCCCAGCUCCUAUGUCGAGCUCUUUUGGGAUACCUUGUCUUUUAGGUUCCAAUGGUGAAAGAACAAAAAGAAAGAAGACAUAAGACAUCAAAUUUUAAAAUGUUUCGGGAUAUUUGCAGAUCAUGGAGCUCAGCCUGAGACCAUAUAGCCUAGCAUAGUGGACUGCAUAAAUUACUCUAUACCAUUGACUGGAAUAUCGAACUUUCAGUUUGUCUCCCUUCAUUAUAAUAAAACAAACAUUCAUCAAAAGAGAACAAAACUUUUACAACCUCAUUCAACAUCAUAGAAAGCUUCUAGGCGCACAAGAACAACAAAGCAAAACCAUCCUAACGUACCAAUCGUACCACGAACACAGUAAUCAACCUCACAACCCCUUGUAGCAAAAACCUUGUUGUUCUAAACUCUCUCUACUAGACUUGUUGCACAUUACAGACUAACAGCAGCCCACAGCCAAUUACAACCAUCUCCAGUUAACAUAAGAAAUAAAAGCGUGAACUGAAAGAGGUAAGGGGAGAAUAACAAUAGAUAGGGAUAUAGUAUCGAUUCCCCUGCUGCUGGAUAAACCCAGGACGACAAAUGAACAACAAAAAACGAGCCUUCCGAUCCCUGACUUACAACUUCAGAGCGAAAAAAGGAACUGAAACGACGACAUGAUUUUCCUACCUCUGUUUUCGUUUGGUGGUUGAUCCUCUGUUUUCAUUUUUUUUUUUCUUUCAUAGAAAUAUUUUCUAUUUUCUGUUCCAUGAUUUUGCCGAAAAAGCAGAUAUCUGAACUUCAAUUUAAUUAAUUAAUUAACAUUGAAGUUGAUCCUUUCGCUGUUAGUUUUGGACAGGGCUACAAGCCAUUUGGGCCAUUUCUAACGGGCAUAUAGGGUUCAGUCUGUUGGAAUAAAUUAAACAAAAUCAG